AUGGGAACUUUUCAGAGUGAUGAUGAUGGAGGCGCCUACGGCACGGUGUAUCGGGCGCGGGACCUCUCGCAGAACGGCCAGCUGGUGGCGCUCAAGAAGGUGGCGGUGCCGCUGAAGGAGGACGGCCUGCCCACGUCGACGCUGCGGGAGAUCACCCUGCUCAAACAGCUCGACCGCUACGAGCACCCCAACAUCGUCAGGUUGCUCGAUGUGUGCUACGGUCAGAGGGUAGAUAAGGAACAGAGGCUGGUGUUAUUCCUGGUCUUUGAGCAUAUCGAUCAGGAUCUCAGUUCCUACAUGGAGCGCGUGCCUCCCCCAGGCAUGCCUCCGGCGAGGGUCAAGGAAAUUAUGUUCCAGAUCUUGUGUGGCGUUGAUUUCCUGCACAGUCAUCGUAUAAUUCACAGGGAUUUAAAACCUCAAAAUGUGCUUAUUUCAUCUGGUGGAGUAGUCAAACUUGCUGAUUUUGGGCUAGCAAAAGCUUAUGACUUUGAAAUGCGUCUUACUUCUGUGGUUGUGACCUUAUGGUAUCGUGCUCCAGAAGUGUUACUUCUUCAGGCAUAUGCCACACCAGUUGAUGUGUGGUCCUGUGGCUGCAUGUUUGCUGAGUUGUUUCGUUUAAAGCCAAUGUUCAUGGGAAAAUCCGAAGCUAAUCAACUUGAUCAAAUUUUUGAAGUUACUGGUACUCUGAGACAGGAAGACUGGCCUGAGAGCUCCCCGUUACCUUGGAGCUCCUUCACUCCUAGACCACCAGCUAACAUUGCAGUAUAUGUGCCUACGUGUUGUAACCUGGGAGUAGAUCUAAUGGAGAAAAUGCUGAAGUUAAAUCCAUCUGAGAGAAUAAGUGCAUCAAAUGCCCUGAGCCAUGCUUAUUUUGUCAGCGAAGGAUACAAGAGACCUCAUCUUACCCCUCAGGUUUCAAAUCCCCCUGUCACUACCAUGGCAUCACAAGGCUCUUCCAGCCGAGAAAUGGAGCAAUAGUCUGAUUUUUUGCCAAGACUGUUAUCACAACUGCCUGGCCAUCUUUAAUUCACAUUGCUUGUGAAGAAUUUUAUAUGAUAAAUGGUGCUGAUGUAAGUAGGCAGACAUGAUGAUACUACAUGUUGUGAAAUGCAAUAAUUUGUGUGGGUGAAGUUGAUUAUGAACACAAAUAGAGAUAAUGUUUAUUUAUUGCAUGUCCUAUUUUUGUAUUACAUUUUGAAAACAGAUAAUGUGAUUGUUCCCAUGGCUGUGAAGCAAAUCGAUUGUAGACUUACAUUGCAUCAGAAUUUUACUUAAUCUUGUUCUAUUAAUGUAUGGAUGCAAUGUUUAUAUUUAAGGUGGAACUUGAUAUGCCCAUACAUUUUUAUCUGAGGUGUUUCCUUCAUUUUUAAAUGAAAACUCUUAAUUGAAAAACAAUGAUGAUUAUGUCAGAUAAUGAAUUCAGAAGAGAACAUUUGUAAUAAGUGUCCUGAAUAAAUAAUAAGUGAUGCAAAAAUUUCUGUGGAGAACAAAGUUAAGGACAUGAUAAUAAGUUUGAGAUGUUGAAUCUCUUCAGUUUUAAUGCACAUUUGUGCUUCUUAUUGACUUGUUCUUUGUGAGGCUUUGUAAAGCAUUUUUGUGUUAAUGAUGGAAGAUUCUUUUAGAAAUUAACUUCCAAAUAAUGUAAUAUUGUAUAAUAUUUCCCAUUCAAACUCUUCAUCAGUAACAGUUCAAGUGGUCACUGAAUUGCUAAAUACAUUGAGGAUAUUUGAUUUAAAUAGCUGAAAAUAUGAUUUGAAACGUUUGACUUUGCAAUCUGUCAUGGGACAAUAUACCUAUUAUUGUUAAAAUUGUUAAGUUCAAUUUAAAUCAACUAAUUUAUCAGUUGCUUGACUCAUUCUGUAGUGCAACAUCUGAUAAAGAAAACUAAAAUGUAAUAAUUGAACUCUGUAAGUAAUUAAAGAUAACUAGAAGCUGGGUAUGAAAUGGUGUUUGUAAGGCAUUUGAUGUCUCGUGUUAACUAUUUUAUGUCACUUUCAGUUAAUCGUAAGAAACUGAAAGCAGAGGUGAGAGACAGCAGCACUUUUUAUUUUGUUGAAUAACUACCUACAUAAAAUCACAUUUUUGUUCUACUUGUAAGUAGAAAUAAUGAAUGUAUGUGAAGCAAGUUGGCUCAUAAUGGUGCUAAGCUAAUUUUUUUAACUUAUAUUGAUUCAUGAAUAUAAUUUUUGUGCACAUGUGAAAUGUGUCACAAGUAAACCAAUGGACAAUGUGGUUAUCUACUUAUUGAUCAAUUAGUGCAGACAUCACAUGAAAUUGAUGUAUUUGUUCAAUUGUUUGUGUGUCAUAAUCACUAUAACUACUUGAUCAUGUCAUUUAAAUGUGUGUAAAUGCUGUACCUAAUGUACACUGUGAAAAGAAAUAUGAUUUUUUUCUAUUGAGGAAGGGUAUUAGCAUUAAUUAUUCUGUAUUAGAGGCAGAGACUGAGACAGUGAGAAGCAUAAGCUCGAAAUUUAGAAAUUAUGUUUAUUUCAGAUACUUGAAAGAUAACUAAAUGGGUAAAGCUUAUCUCUCUUCAGAUAUCAAUGCCUGAAAUUAUUUCUUCAGGCAAGACGUUUUGUCACUUUUAUUUAUUUUGUGGGGAUGUAUUUUUUAUAUCACAAAAUUAUCAUUAUGUUGCUGGAAUCAAUAUAUAUUUUUUAAUGUAGUCAAUGCAAAAUUAAUGUUAGUCAGAGAUUGGACUUAAGUUUAGGGAUUUGUCAUUUUGAGCACAGUAAAUACCAAUGCAUAAUUCUAAAUGUAUUACAGUACAACUAUAAAUGAAAAGAGGAUUCUUCAUCCAGGAAUCAAACGGGAUGAAAUUCAAAGAUCAAUCUUCUUAUCAUUCACAGUUGUGAAAUAUGAAAUUACUGUAACAUGUAAAUAUUAUGUAUAUAUGAUUUGUACAUAAUUGUACCUGUUAUUAGACUUAGGUUAGUACUCUCUUUUGAAUGUAAGAUUGGGGAACAUAAUGUUACCAACUUUUUUUAGCAGAAAUUCUGUGAUAAACUUAAGUCUAUAACAUUAAACUUCUGAAAUGUUCAGAAAUUUCUUCUAACAGCAAGUUUUCCACCCUACUGUUCUUAUAUGUUAAGCAUAUGUUUACCCAUCUCUUUCUUUGGUUGUUUGAUUGCAUGCAUUUCUUGGAUAUUGGGGUUCUGCUAAAGUUAUAUUAUCUAGGAAAAAAUAAUUAUGUCAUUCCAAAGUUGUAUCAUAUGCUAAGGGGUAAAGGAAACUUAGAAAAUGAACGUUUGAAGUAUUUGUAUGUAUGUGUGUGAGAAAGUGUGUCAGGUAGAAAUACAUAUUACUGAAGCAGGAAGGUUUCAGAUAAUUUAGUGAAUUGGUUUUGAUUGUGUGAGACUACUAAUGUAAAUAAUAAUCAUUAAAGGAAGUAAACUCUUAAAUGAAAUAGCAGAGAAGUAAGAGAAUUUGCACUUUCAAGUGGAUUCAGUGGCAUCUAUCUCUGCAUGAAAUUUUCUGGGUAAAGAGUAACUUCAUUUCUAAUGUUUCUAUUUCUAACAUAAUUGUGUGAAAAUAUUGCUUUUAGUUGUCAAAGAACUGAAGAUAACACAGUAUUGUGUUUGCAAGUAGUAAAUUGUAGAGGGGAAAACAAACGCUACUUAGAUUCUGAAGUGAAAUUAUUAACAUAAUUGUCAUCAUCUAUAAAUAGUAUGUACCAUUUCAGAAAUCAACACAAAAUAUGCAAGGAAUUGACAUAUUUUGUAAUAACAAAGAAUUAAUUCACUUUGAUAUGAAGUAGAAAUAACAUUUCUUUUUGUAGACUCUCCAUUUACACACAUAUCUUAUAUCCAUUUUCAUGAAAUAUGUGGGUGGGAAACUAAUUUUGUGAAGGAUUUGAAAUAUGUGUAGGUUUUGUUUUAACUUCACUAAGGAAAUAUACAUUUGAUUGAAUUUUAUUCCAAUUUUGGUACACAUAUUGUUUUAUAAGAAUGUGAAAGUCUUUGUGAGAUGUCUCUUGUGUUAAUCAACAAGUAUUUUACAAAUGUGAAUUUCCUGAAUACCAUUCAGGAAAUUAGGGUUCUGAGCAGUAUAGCAUUUCUAUGUGAGUAUUUUUCUUAGAAGGGUUGCUAAUUUUAAUACGUGUAUGUACUGGUUUUUCAAGGCUGACAUUGAAAUACUUUGCUGUAACUCUCACCUUGUCAUCUUCCUAGUCUUAGGAUUAUUAUCCAUGUAUUUUCUUAUAAAUUUUAUAUAAAUAAUAGGAGUCUUUGUUGCCUUAUUCAACUUUUUUGAUAUGUGGAAAGAGAAAGACAGAAACGCUUAUUGACCAUCUCAUAUCAGUACAAAUUUACGUUGGUGUACGAUUUGAAGCUCUUGGAGAAGCAUUGUUGCCAUUAUAUGGGCUUUUUCCCAAACAAUGAAUUACUAGGAGUGCUAGCAAAAACCUAGCUUUAACUCAAAAAACAGCAGAGCAGAGGAUGAUAAUACUGAUGAAGU